AUGGAAGCAGCCCCGGCACCUGUGCACGGGGCAAGUCCGGGCGCUAUUACCUCAUGUACCCGGAAACUGUCUGUGACGGCUCCCCCUCUCCUCCUGCCCCCGGUAUCCCGCGUCCUGACAUACCGCCUCCCUAUCUCCGCCCCCGGAGGCUGGGUGUGUAUGACAAGAGAGCGGGCUUCUGUCUCCCGUUUAUAGCGCUAUCAGCCGGGGAACUAUCAGCCUCCAACCGGCGGCAGGUGUGACGCCCUUCAGUCGGGCGCUCACCCGCAGCCAUUUUGAAUUAGCACAGACAAAGAGACGAGACCCCCCCUCCCCCUGGGCUCGUGAAGGCGCUCUCAGUGCCAUCUUCCUGCCUCUAAACCCAUCUCCGCGCUCAGCUAUCUCCGCCAGGCCCGCCGCCGUGUACUGUGACCGCUGUCACCCCGGGAGGUCUGCUCCAUUCCCUCCUGGAACACCAAAUACCGCUCGCAGCCAUUUGCCCACGCUUUAUAUAGGGCGGCACCGGCCAAUGGGGGCGUUCGUUUGGAGUGACGUGUUUGGCCAGCCGCGCAGGCGCAGAGCGCCGCUGCCCUCCUGGAGUUGAGCGGCGGAGUAAAGAUGGCGGCGGGUUCGGAUCUGCUGGAUGAUUUCUUCAACACGGACGUGGACGAGAAAGUGGUCAGUGAUCUGGUGGGCUCAUUGGAGUCCCAGCUGGCAGCCGCAGCCCACCACCACCAUCACCACCACCACCCACAGCAGCCGCAUCCGGGCCCCCCCGAGGUCCGCAGCCAGGCCCUAGCCAACCAUGUUGCCAGCCCUGGGGUAGGGGCAGCAGCCAGUGCCGGGGUCCAGUCAGAGACGAAAAUAGGAAUCGCCCCGGAGAUGCCCAAGACGGGUCGCCCGGACGCGCAGUUUGUGGGUACCUGCCUCUUACCUGAGCCCAGCAGAAGCUGCCAUCUAGGUUUCAGGUUGUCUUGGUCAGGAGCUGCUGUGCCUGGAGUUCAAGGAAGCGUCAUCAACAACAGCCGACCACAGACUGCGGCCCAGCAGCCGGACGGUGUCCAGUCCUCUGGAUCUGAACCCCCAGGACCGCUGAGUCAGGCCAAAGCUGGAGUCCUUGGCACCAUAGCGACUGCUGUGCCCAACCACGGCUCAGGGAACAGCAAGCCUGUGGCCCUGCAGACCAUGAACGGGAGUAAUGUGGUAAUAAAUUCUCAUGGACCUGGCGGGCACGCAACCGCUUUUCAGGGGAAUAGUAAUCCUACCCCGGGUGUUAACCUGGUGAACAAUGGCCCUGCGCCUGUCGCCAAGGGUGGUGUAAGCGCCGGGGCCAACACAGUGAUUCAGACUUCGUACCUUGCAACAACCAAUGUGUCGGCUUCUGUCAUCUCCUCCUCGUCUACAUCGACUGCUGGGGCAGCUGCACAGCCCGCGGGCAUGGCAGGUGUGCCCACUACUGUAGCACUGGUUAGACCUCUUGUGCAUCAGGGAGUGCCAGCCACCCAGAAUGGAAGCAAUACUGUGAUCAAUUCCCCUUUGUCGGCACCUGGUGGGGUUUCUUUGCAAAUCAACAGCCAACCUACCCCGGCCCCUAGCCAGGUGAUCAAGUCGGACUCCCCCAAAACUAUUAUUCAGACUCCUCAGCAGAGCCAGCCUCACCCUGGAAACAUGGUUAUAGGACAGACUAUGCAAGCGGGGCAUCCUGGCCCUGGAGGGGCAGCUCCUGCACCUGGCACUCCUGCGGCAAUGGGCAAAGCGACAGUCGGCACUGUGCCUCAAAGCUUGCCAAGGACUCCUACAGCAGCACCAGCUGGCGGCAUCAGGGCAACUAUUGCACCUCCUAUGUUGGCGCCACGAGUGCCGCAGCCUCCAAACCCAACCAACAUCCAAAACUUUCAGCUACCCCCAGGGAUGGUCCUUGUUCGGAGUGAGAAUGGUCAGUUGUUAAUGAUCCCCCAGCAGGCUCUGGCACAGAUGCAGGCUCAGGUUCAAGCACAGGCCCAGUCACAAGCUCAGAAUGCAAUGGCCACUCGUCCCGCUACUCCUACCAGUGCCCCGCCGGUGCAGAUCUCUGCGGUGCAGUCUCCCGGAGCACCCCUAUUGGCAAGGCAGGUAACGCCAACUACCAUCAUCAAGCAAGUGUCUCAGACACCAACCACCAUGCAACCCACCACCACACUACAGCGGCCCCCUGUUGUACAGAAUCAGAUAGUACUCGGCAGCACACCACAAACUGCCACUUUGGGGACAGCAACGGCCGUACAGACUGGAACUCCUCAGAGACCGGUGCAAGGAGCCGCUACCCCUACGACAGCCACCACGGAAACCAUGGAAAAUGUGAAGAAAUGUAAGAAUUUUUUAUCUACGUUAAUUAAGCUGGCUUCAUCGGGUAAACAGUCCUCUGAGACAGCAGCUAAUGUAAAAGAACUCGUGCAGAAUCUGCUGGAUGGGAAAAUCGAAGCUGAAGACUUCACCAGUAGGUUAUACAGAGAACUAAAUUCUUCACCUCAACCUUACCUUGUGCCUUUUCUGAAGAGGAGCCUCCCAGCCUUGCGCCAACUGACGCCAGACUCUGCAGCCUUCAUUCAACAGAGUCAGCAGCAACAGCCCCCAACGCAGGCCACCACCGCCCUCACCGCAGUGAUGUUAAACAGCUCUGUGCAACGCACAGCCGGCAAGACCACUGCCACCGUCACGAACACAUUACAGCAGCCAGUCAUCAGCCUUGCACAGACCAAACCUGGACAGCCAACCCCACUGGUAAUCCAGCAGGCACAUAAAGCGGGAGCAGUAGUACGGCCACCACAGGUCACAUUGACCCAGACGCCCAUGGUAGCACUUAGACCACCUCAAAGAGGGUUAAUGGUCACCACUCAACAACAAAUACAUUUAAACCAGCUACAUACAGUUCCAGUCGUGAAACCAACCAUCGUAACAGGAAACAAAACAUUUCCCGCAAUGGCGGCGCAGAUGGCUGCAGCACAGAAAAAUAAAUUAAAAGAACCGGGGGGAGGGUCAUUCAGAGAUGAUGAUGACAUUAAUGAUGUAGCGUCCAUGGCCGGCGUGAACCUGUCUGAGGAAAGCGCAAGGAUAUUGGCCACAAAUUCUGAGCUGGUGGGCACGUUAACGCGAUCCUGUAAAGAUGAAACGUUCCUCUUGCCUGCAUUACUACAGCGAAGGAUACUAGAGAUUGGUAAAAAACAUGGCAUUACAGAAAUCCACCCAGACGUCGUUGGUUAUGUUUCUCAUGCUACACAGCAGCGACUUCAGAACAUUGUAGAGAAAAUCUCAGAAACGGCUCAGCAGAAGAACAUUUCUCAUAAGGAGGACGACCGGUACGAGCAGUCAACUGAUGUUCGGACACAACUCAAGUUCUUCGAACAGCUCGACCAAAUAGAGAAGCAAAGGAAGGAUGAACAGGAGCGGGAGAUCCUCAUGCGAGCAGCAAAGUCUCGGUCACGGCAGGAAGAUCCUGAACAGUUACGGCUAAAACAGAAGGCCAAGGAGAUGCAACAGCAGGAAUUGGCGCAAAUGAGGCAGCGGGAUGCAAAUUUAACGGCGUUGGCAGCUAUUGGUCCUCGAAAAAAGAGGAAAGUGGAUUCACCGGGUUCUGGGUCAGGGUCAGAGGCAUCGAGCACAAGUACAACGCCCGCCAGCAGUUCUGGAGCAGGGGGCAGCAGACCGUUUACAAGACAAAGGAUAACACGAGUCAAUCUCAGGGACCUCAUAUUUUGUUUGGAAAACGAGCGAGAGACAAGCCAUUCACUAUUGCUAUAUAAAGCAUUCCUUAAGUGAAUACAGAUACAGUAAAAAAACUAAACAAAAAUGGAAAAGAUCAAGGUAUUUUUGUUUUUGCAAAGACGACACCCCAUUCCCCCCUUUUUCCUUCUGCUGGGACUAUUUUAUACUUUGCAAAUUUUUUUUUUUUUUUGCUUCCUCACCCCCAACUUCUUUAUGGAAUGGUAAUCAUAAAAUCUGCAAAAUCCUUCCAUUUUUAAAUAAAACCUCCAAAUGGUGGUAAAUGGCACAGAGAGCUGCAAGAGAGGAGAAUUCUUGGACGGACCCCACGACGAGGAAAGCUGCCUUCUGCAAAACAAGCCAUAUAAGGAAAACCUGUUCCUUUUAAUGAAUGGAUUCCAUUUUUAAAACUUUAUUCUACUUUUAACUACUUCGCCCAUAAUUUUAAUUCCAUCUUUUACCCCUCGUUCGCCCCAUCAUUGCUGGUGAGGGGUUAACAAGUUAUGCAUUGCUCCUUUUUUUGCAGAUGGCAGAGGACCCCCCCCCCCCCCCCCGCCACCCCGUUGCUUCCUUCUUUUUCAUAUUUAUUGGUUUUAUCUGCUUGGACACCUCUACUGCCGUGGGAUGCACAGACCAGAAUCCUCUUUCGUCUCUGAAAUUUUAACAAUCUACAGUUUUUAUUUUAUUUUUUUGUUUGUAUAUCAUUGCCAUUUUGUUUAAAACAACCUCAGUUUUUAAAUAAUUUUCCACAAUAAAACUUUAAAAAAGUGUUUUUCUGUAGGAAAAAAAUUUUAACUUGGGGAAAAAAAAAACAAUGCAAUGCUGUUUUAGCUUUUUGUUUGUAUAAAAAAAAAAAAUAUGAAUUUGUGUACCCUGUGGGCAGUUGCAAAGUUUAUAUGACAAAGGAAGGUAACAUUUUAUGACAAAUAUAUAAAUAUAUAUAUUUUACUUGCACUGUUUCAUUUUCCUUUUUAUUUCUCCUUUUAUGUUCACCCUGCCUCUACAGCAGACAUCUGUGUUUUAUAGCACAGGAAGGGUUAAAUUAAGUAUUUUUUCUUUUGUGACACACGUGGUAAAGUCUAUACAUGGCUUGCUGUAAUUUUUGAGUAGUUACUGUAGAUUUUUGGCACAUGAUGGGGGAAGGGGUUCUAGAAUACAAAAUCUCCAGUUCUACCGCAAA